GUCGUCUAGGCAACAUCACCCUAAACAUGAUGCAUUUCGUGUAUUUGUUUAACUAUGAAAUCUAUGUAGAUUAAAAUGUAUUGUUAUAUCAAUGUUUGUCAGUAUUUUAUAAAAUCUUGUAAAAUAUAUUUAAUGUAUAUAGCGAGUAAUGUUCACGAAGUAAAGUUUCUGUAAAUCUUUACUGUUUUUAACAAUUAGAUAUAACCUUUUUGCUUUUUAAUGCUAGUCGUCAAAUCACUAUGUUAUAUGUUAUUUAACUUACAAAAGUGUGAUACACUAUGCCUUUAUUUUCCAAUAAAUUUUCUCCGAAAAAAACACCGACUAGAAAGGCAUCAGUUUUCUUAGCAAACAAAAAUUUAAGCCCUAAAAGAAUAGAGAAAGAACUUGGUCCUGAAGUUGGUCCUAUACGCCUUCGCCUUGGAGAUCAGGAAGCUGUUUUUGAGGCUGGCCUAUGGAUUCCAGAAUCUGGCAAAGUGGGAGGUACUUUUAAAGAGAACGAAAAAUUAAAGAAAGAAAUAAGGCGAUUGGAAGAAGAGAAUAAUUUAUUAAAACUAAAGUUUGAUGUACUAUUAGAUAUGUUAACGCAAACAACUGCCGAGGCUCACUCACAAAGAGAAGAAUUGGAGAGAUUGAAAAAUAAUUUUUCUCAUAAUAGGAGAAUCGUCACUUAGUCUUAAGCAUUGUUGCUGACAUUUAAGGAAAUAAACAAUGACUAUAAAG